GCGGAGAGCCGCGCAGCGUCACGGGGUAACGGGUGUUGCGGCUCCGCCUGGCCGGGGCAGCCGGCGGGACGGGACGGCCCGGGGAGGCGGCGCCUUCGAUUUGAGAGCACUUCAGCAUCUUCUGUUCCCACUUGGCUCUAGCAAGCAUCAUGAGGUUUCUAGGUCAUUCUACUAUACCUUUUAAUGCCUCCGAAGAAGAAAUACAUUCCCAAGGCCAGGAAGGCAGAGCUGGUAUUCCUUGAGAGACCACAAGAGAGACCCGUCCAUUGCUAUGAAACUCCGCUGCCUUCAGCCAAGAAUCCAAGACGUGUUCCUACGAAACCUGUAGACCAGAACACUUCUGCUGCCUGGGUGUGCCCACAAUUUGAAACAACUAAGUCAGUGGUGUUGAAAGCAUGCCAUAAGAAGUAUCGUGGCCCUCACAAACCCCAGAAUCAGGAUGGCAACCACAGUGUACUUCAUGCAGGAGGAGCCUGUCGAAGAGCUACAGCCUGCAAAUUUCCACCUUUAACUUUUGAGAAUCCAGAAGGACCUGCAGUCUGCCCCUCUGGUAGUCCGCAUUGCUUGAGGAAGAACCCAUGGCACUCUUGCAGGCAGCCCAAGAAAGGGACAGCAACAAAAGCCAACAUCCCGGUGAACAGUUCAGGGAACUGUACAGAAACACCUCGGUUACCGGCUCCCCAGAAUGUGGAGCCAGAAGUCUUCAGUCCACCAGAUGUAGAGACUGCACAGGUGCUUUCCACGAGGAACUGGAGAAGCAGCAGCACUCUGGCACAAAUAAGUACCCACGCCUGGCAUCCAGAAAAAGUACUGGCAUUUGGCCUUGAUCCCGGUGGGCGAAGGGAGUCGGCAGCAGUGCUGGUGACAGAUACCCCUGAGCACGAGUACGGAGUGAAGGUUACUUGGCGACGGCGCCCUCACCUGAUGAAAUACCUGCAGGAGAGGGGGGAGCUAAGUGCUGCCGAAGUACUGGUGAAGGCGAACCCCUUCUCUCGAGGAGAGCCCCUGUCUCUCCAGGAGACAGGCUAACGUCUGGGCGGGCAGGAGCAGCGGUUUUAUGGGCAGUGACACCUCCAAAUCGAUAACGGUACUUUCAGGGAACGGCCAGCUCUCCUUCCACCGGCUGAUCCUCCCGAGCAGCCCCGUGCGGCUGCGGCGGGGCGUCUUCUUGGGGCCGGGGGCCGGGCUUCCCCGAGGAACGGGGUGGUCCGGGAAAGCACU